CCGUACGAACCACACGGGUGACGGAGUAAACUAAUAAAACUACCUACCCAACUACUUCCUUAGUACCUUGCUUAGGCCUGCUACCUCGCUUUAUUGGUAACCUAGUUUUACCAAGAUAUCUACCUACCUACCUACCUACCUAUCACAACGCUACCUGCGCUUUAGGUUGAACUUGGAAGAAACGAACAAACGAACGCCCUCCUCCCACGUUUUUCUUUCGAUACAAGUUGAUAAUUACGGAAGGAAGGAAGCUACCUGCUUUUCGUUUUGUUUUGGCUGUUUUACUUUGAAUUAUUCGAGAUCGCGUCAUUUGAGAUAGCUCCCUCUAGCAUUAUCGCAGCUUCGUUCGGCGGUUACGAAGCUUCCCUUGAGUUAUUGUCGAUUUCGCAUUAUCUGAUUCUUGACCUAGAUAUUCAGCAGAGCAAUUAUAAGAUCAACAUGGCAGAAGAUCCUAGUAAGUAUAAAUUCAUUUAAAGCUCCAUGAAUGGUCGCGGCUGUUCAUAGCUAUAUGCUAUGUUAUACCAUAGCUGCACGGGAUCUGGUGGACGAGUAAAUGCAGCAAAUACUAACACACUCUAGCGGCACCAGCCUUAAAUUUGAGCCCGGAAGAAAAACGUGUCUUUGGGCAAUUGUUUCGACAGGCGGAUACGGAAAACAUUGGAGUGGUGACGGGAGAAGUGGCUGUUAAAUUCUUUGAGAAGACGAGAUUGGAACCAAGGAUUUUGGGGGAGGUGGGUUUCAGCUGUUUACUUUUGCUUUUGUUUGUUGUAGUCGACGCAGCGCGCGGAAGAUAAGUGAGUUUGUAUGCAUAUGAUACUGACUUUGCUCGUAGAUAUGGCAGAUUGCAGACAAGGAGAAUCGAGGACUUCUGACACCGGCGGGCUUUGGUAUUGUACUACGACUGAUUGGUCAUUAUCAAGCUGGACGAGAUCCUACCCCUGAAUUAGCUUUGCGCCCUGGACCACUACCAAAAUUUGAUGGAGGUUUAGUUACUCCCACUCCUACAUUUCAACCUCCUGCUGGGCCGCCCCCCGCUGCUCUACAACCUCAACCAAGCGGAUCUGGACCAAUUCGAGUCCCCCCUCUUUCCGCCGAGAAAUCGACACAAUAUGCUCAACUUUUUGAGAAAUCGGGGGCUCAAGGAGGCAUUCUCCCAGGCGAACAAGCUAAGCAGAUAUUCGAGCGCGCGGGUUUACCGAAUGAAAUACUGGGUAGGAUAUGGAAUUUGGCAGACACGGAACAACGAGGAGCUCUUACAUCUACGGAAUUUGUGAUUGCCAUGCAUCUUCUGGCUUCCUUUAAAUCCGGUCAACUUCGAGCUUUACCAAAUAUUCUUCCCGCGGGACUUUAUGAAGCUGCUGCACGGAGAGGAGCCCCUAACCGUCAAUCUACUGGUAAUAACAUAUCGGCGAUGCCAAGACAAUUCAGUGGCCAGCACGGAAGGGCCAAUAGUCCUUUAAGUCGACCCGCAUAUGCUUCUCCUCAGCAGAUGCCUCAGCAGAUACCUCAGCCUACCGGUGGUGAAUGGGCUAUUAGUCCUGUAGAUAAGCAAAGAUUCGAUGGUAUAUAUCAUACCCUCGACAGAACCGGCAAGGGAUAUAUUACAGGAGAUGAGGCCGUGCCAUUCUUCUCGGAUUCCAAACUCCCAGAGGAGGUUUUGGCACAAAUUUGGGAUCUUGCCGACAUAAAUUCAGCUGGUCAUUUGACCACGGAUGAAUUUGCCGUCGCCAUGUACCUCAUUCGACAACAGCGAGGUAAAAAGGAUGGCCGAGAUUCGUUACCUGCUACUUUACCUCCAAAUCUUAUUCCGCCAAGCAUGCGAAAUCAAGUCAGACCGGCGCCCAUGCCCACAGCUCCAGCUUUUGAAUCUCAUCCCCCAACAAUGCCCAAGUCAGCUGCCGAUGACUUGUUUGGGCUGGAUGCACUCUCAUCACCACCUGCACCUGUUCAAGCACCACAAUCAACUGGAGGUUCUGCGUCUUUUGGUCCGAAUCGCCAAUUACAUGCUGAUCCUUUCGGAGUCAGCGCCCAACCUUUAGCACCAAGUUCGCCAGUUCAACAAUCUCCCCAGCAUACAGGAUCUGUCUUUAAGCCUUUCGUUCCAUCCUCCUCUUUCGGUCAUACCCUUACCGCUCAUCUCACGGGAGGAUCUAACAAUUCUGCCCCCAAUCGAGCGUUUUCGCAACAACCAUCUGUCAGUGAGGAUCUUCUCGGUGAUAAUGAUCCAGAGAUCAGCAGCAAGUUAACUAGCGAGACUACCGAGCUUGCAAAUUUGUCUAACCAAGUUGGCACGUUAUCGACACAGAUGCAGCAGGUACAGAGUCAAAGGAGUGCAACACAAAAUGAAUUAACCCAAGCCGAUUCACAGAAGCAACAAUUUGAGGCACGUCUUGGUCAACUGCGAGCAUUGUAUGAGCAAGAAGUUAAAGAUGUCCGAAGUUUGGAAGAGAGAUUGAAUGCUUCGCGUAAUGAGACUAAGAAGCUUCAAACAGAAAUGGCCAUGCUUGAAGCGACUUACACGGAUGUUCAAACACAACAUCGACAAAUCGUUACGGCACUGCAAGCAGAUCAACAGGAAAAUGCUAGUUUGAAAGAGCGAAUGCGUGUAGUCAAUGCAGAAAUUACGCAAUUAAAGCCAGCACUUGAGAAAUUGAGGUCAGAUGCUCGUCAGCAGAAGGGUUUAGUUGCAAUCAACAAGAAGCAAUUGGCAACUAAUGAAAGUGAACGGGAUAAGUUAAAGGGUGAGGCCUCAGAUUUGACAAAAAGUAUUGAAGAAGAUACCGCUGCUCUUGCAGCAGCCGCUAGGGCUCGUAGCCAAAGCCCUGUUCAGGCUAGAGCACAAAGUCCUGCUUCAGUUGCAAGUCCUGCACCUUCUACCAUGAGUGCUAAUAACCCAUUUUUCAAACGCCAAGCAACGGGUGGAAGUAAUACUGAUAUGGGCUCUGCUUUUGCUGCUUCGCCCGUGCAGCAAACUGAUCGUUCAUUUGAAAAUGUAUUUGGCCCAGCAUUUGGUUCCGCCUUACCACAUCAAGAAACAGCAGCACCUCCUACUUCGUUCAAGCAAGAUCUUCCAACCCGACCACAAACAAGUGGUGGCUUUUCUACCCCAUCUAUAACAGGCGAAGCAGCUCCACCGAUGCCUGCAUCAAGACAAAUUAGCUCAAGUUUCCUGCCAUUUCCAACCCACGAUGAUUCUGUAAGCUCAUCGCGACAAGUUUCUGCACCCAACAGCAGAUUCGGAGAUAAUUCAACCGGAGGUGAGACUCCGACAAACUACAUGGGAACCACUCCUACAGGUUCUUCUAUUACGAAUCAAACUGAACCCGUUAUAACAGCCAGAGCAGUCUCCCCUGAUAUUGAUCGUCGCUCUACAGCUUCUCCUGCCGUUACCGAGUCGAAGGAUAGCAUUCCGGGAGCAUUCCCAGGUGAUGACAAUUCUAACAUUGUUGCUACCCCUACUGGUGGUACUACGUUAAGCGAACAGGUUGCUGCAGAUCCAUUUGCGACGACUAAGGAGCCAGUACGAUCUGGUACAGCAAAGGAUGACUUCGAUGCAGCCUUUGCCGGAUUUGGUAAUUCUAGCAAGGCCCCAGAGCGCUCAAAUACAGGAAGCUCUACUGAGCCCUCAGUAGCUACCGCAGCUUCACCUGGAUUUGGUCAAGAGUUCCCUCCCAUCUCGGAAUUAGAUAAUGAUGAUGAAAGUGAUAGUGCUAGUGAGGGUGGAUUUGGUGGCGGCGGUUUUGACGAUGACUUCAACCCAGCUUCUCCCGCGCAGGUUAGGAAAGCCGCGGAGGGUACAACUGGAGGUGCAAAGGAGCUUUCGAAUACACCAGCUCCUGCUGCUACUGUUGGUGGUGAUCCUCCAACUCCUAAUGCUCAAGCUUCACCACCAGCUUAUGACAAAGCUGUUUCCCCAGCCGAUCAAGCACACUCGGAGGUUCAGCAAUAUUCUGGACUUCUUCCAUCUCGAGAAGUUCCACCUUCCGAACAUUCUUCUGCUACGGCGGCACCUCAAACAUCUUCGCAGCCAGCUCCACCUGUUAAAGUUCCUUUUGAUGAUGACUUCGGUGACGAAUUCGAUGAUCUUGAGGACGCAAAAGAAGGUGAAGCUGAUGAUGAGUUUGCCAAUGCAGCUUCAUCUAUUCAUGAAUCAAGAAAUGGCCUAGAUGAUUUUAAUCCCAUGUUUGAUAGUCCCCCAACAUCUAAACAUCAAGAUCAUUCGGGCAAUUCUUUCGGUGGUGAUGCUUCCGGAUUUGGAGAUUUUACCUCGCCUCCAAAACCAACAGCAACUGGGGCAACAGCUGUAAAUGAUAAUCAUGAUUGGGAUGCAAUUUUUGCCGGUUUGGAUGCACCAGGGGGUGAUGCAAGUGCUUCUGCGGCGCAGGGUAAUGGUAACGGUGCUGGUGCAGCUUCAAACGAUAACUCUAUUGCUGGUAAGUCUAGGCUGUUUUCUUCUCCGAUCGUUUUUCCUCCUACACUUUGUUUCCUCAGUUAGCACCUUCACUUAUGGCCAACCAACAUGGUGGCAGCCUCAUUCCUGGAAUAGAAUGACUCAUCCGUAUUGAUUGGUCGAAAUCCAAAAACGAGCACGUUUGUAUGUGAUGGAAAUAGUAGAGAAAUUAACAUGUUAUUUAGGAGGAGCUCCAAGUGGGAGUGAAAGACCACUAGUUGGGAGAGCUCUUACCGAAGCUGGAGAACAUGACGAUCCGAUUUUGAAGAACCUUACCGGGAUGGGGUAUAAGAGGAAUGAUGCUUUGGCUGCGUUGGAGAAAUAUGAUUAUAACUUGGAGAGGGUGAGUAUUUCUUUUUUUCUUUUGGUGAAUUUUUGGGUCCUUGGUGGUUUUAACGUUUUUGAAUCUGGGAGUGGACUCUAAGGCUAUUGAUUGCGGUGUCGUCUUUAUUGGGUUUGAAUUUGUUGGAUGAGAUGCUAACUUUUGGGUGUUAUAGGCAGCCAACUUUCUAGCGAGUCAAUCUUGAGUGUGAGAGAUUAACGGUUGGGGGUUAGUGAAAUAAUGUAGAUGGUAUGGGUAUUGGGAUAGAAUUGAGUAUAACGCUCAUAGGAGAGGAUCAAACUGUGAGUCUGAGAUGGUCGAAAAAUGGAAGACGGUUGAAGAUAGGGUUGGGGAC